CAGUUCAGCAGACUGCUUCAUCGUUAUUGUACGUUUUCUUUCUGUCUUUUCUUCCUUCGGCUUCUCGGAUAAAAGAUUUCCUGACGACGAAACGCCGUUCCACAGAAAAAAAAUUUUCUUCUUCUUCUUCUUUUUAGCACAACACACAACGCUAACCAUCGGCCAGUCGAGUUUUAAAUUCACUUGAAGACGAGCGCACUUUCACACAAGUCGCGCCAGUCGUCCUCUCUCGUUCGUACCGAUCGUGACGUUCUCUUGUUGUUUCUUGACUCGAUCAUUGCUGAUUGGUUGUUUGUUUGAAAAUGUGCUAAAAUAGUUCUCUGCUUUCAUUUAGCAAGAAAACAACAUUUUCCGAAUUCCUUCGUCUUCAUUUUUUUGCAAGUCGUGAAUCGUGACGUUGGUGAACCUUUGGGUUUCUCAGUGAGUUGCCUUGAGUUGGACGCCCUGAAAUUCCGCCUUUGGGAAGAAGGAGAAUAGCUGCUGAUAAAUUUGAAAGGAAAGAAGAAAAGAGAAUCACAUUUAAUUCUUCAUCACAAUCAUCAUCAUGCGCUGGACUAUUGGCCUGCUGACGGUCAUAACCUUGACCUUAACUUGGUCGCAGCUGAUGACGGUCUCUGCUGCACAGCAGAAGCAGCCGUCUAUGUCCGGAGUGGAGUCAUUGACCUCUCCAAGUCCAUCCGAUGUUGGUGGUACGAGCAGCAGCACCGCCGGCUCCUCCACCACGGCCACCGCUAGGACCACCACCACUACCGGUACACCAGCGGGCGAUGCAGCCAAGGCCCAACAGCCAUCACCUACCCCCGCUAGCCUCGCCAGCAGUUUACUUUCUGGCCUGUUCGAUACCAUCACAUCGACGUCCAAGAGCAAGGAUUGUCCAGGCAGAUGUGUUCAUGUAUUAGCAGCCCUCCUCUGCGAGAAGGUUCUGGAAAAUGUGACGUGCUCUGAAGGUUCCAUGAGAUGUUGUGUCGAGAAUCGACCUUCACCUCCGGCACGUUCUGUCACCACGAAAACUCCCACUGUUUCCACAUCGUCGGCGGCUCCUUCUUCAUCUGCAGCCACAACUCAGAAGGUAGGAACAACAACAGCUCCUACGACGACGACAACGAAAGCAACGACGACCACUCCAACAACCACAACUGUUGGCACCACCACAACAAAACCGACCACCCAAUCAACGACAACCGUUAAAGCUACGACGACAACUGCACCGACCACAACAACGACAAAACCAACAACAACAACUACGAAGCCGACUACGACGACCACUAAAGCUCCUACGACUACAACGAAAGCUCCUACGACAACUACAACAACAGUUAAGCCGAGCAGCACGACAACAACAGUUGCAACAACAACAAAAGCAGCUGUCACAGUAGACACUAAAGUGGAGGAUGCUGAUGGUGGUGAUGAAGAUGAAGUACUUAAGGCUUCUGAAGUUGGCUCUUUACGUAUCUGUCCUGGAGUGUGCGUGGCAACCCGCAUUUCCGACUAUUGCGAAGCUGUUCUUAAUGUCGAUGGACUCUGCAAGACGGCCAUGAAAUGUUGUGUUACCAAAUCCCUCUUCGGUGAAUCUGAACCACCUCCGGAAUUGGUCAUUUUGAAUGAGGCUAGUUCCACGGGGACAUCGACCACUGAGGCAACUACAACUACGUCACCAACAACCACAACCGUUCGUACCACAACAACAACUACACGUCCCAGGCCCAAAUCUACCACCACGGCUGUUCCAGCAGUUGACGAUGACAAAAAAUGCAAAGGCACAUGUGUGACGGGAUUCUUUUCGUACCUCUGCGAUUUUAUUGACGCAAAAGCAGUUUGUGCUAACGGUGGCAAAUGUUGCAUCAGCCGACGUGAAGGAGGUGGAGGAGUAAGUGAACAGAAAACAAAUAAUGUAACUGCACCGGCUUCGGGAUCUCGGCCAUCGCCCAGCAAUUCCAAACCAUCUGUACCACCAUCAACAACUGCUCGACCUACUACUGCUAAACCUAAAGUUACGACUACUUCCGCACCUUCUACGACAACCGCUGCUCUACCAAAACGUUGCCCAGGUGUCUGCCUGCCAGGCUUGAUGUCAGCCUUCUGUUCCAAACCGUCCGUCGUUGUCAAUAAUCCACCCAAUCUCUGCGAUCGUGGAUCCAUUUGCUGCGACUCUAAAACGCGUGACACUCCACCAUCCGGAUCUAAUUCCGGAUCAAGUGGAUCGACAAACAACAGGCCGUCUCGUCCUCCCACCAAAGCACCAGCUUCCGCCAUGUCAGACUUGUUGAGCAAUCCUUUGACCACUUUAUUAGCUGGACCGCUCCUCAGCAGUUUGGCUGGUGCUGCCAUGAAUCAACGACCUACAUCAACUGGAGAUAAGUCGGACGUGUCACCGCAAAGACCUCAGUCGACUGGAACUCGAGCUCCAGCAACGACCACGACAACCACAACCACCACCACCAGCGCCCCUCAGGUGGUCGACACCAGACCCUAUUGUCCUGGAACUUGCAUGGCUCCCAUUCUCUCUUUCUCUUGCUUCAGCAAUGCUGAAAUUACCGACUUGUUCCGCUGCCCGAGUUCCAAAGUAGUCUGUUGCGCUCAAAAGUCGGCCAUUCGCGAAUUGAAACCGGCAUCCGCCCUAGCUGUGGAAGUUCCUCAACCCGAAUUCUCACGACCGGGAGGUGGAUUCAAACCUCCCCCGAUGGUCCGACCUGGUACAGCUGUUGCAACACCUCCUCAACAGCUGCCACAACAACAAACCACUGCUACCUCAACUGGGCCUCGACCUUCCGUUUCUAGACCACUUCCCAACAGCAAAUUUGUUUGCGGAGUCAAGGGUAAUCAUCGUGAACUCCGCCAAUUGUCUACAAUUGAGAAAUAUCUUGACAACGAUAAUGCCACGACCACAAUCAGUAGAGGUUUCCGCCAAGGUCGUGUUGUUGGAGGAAACGACGCUCUACCUGGCGAAUACUGUUGGCAAGUCGCUUUGAUCAACUCAUUGAAUCAGUACUUGUGCGGUGGUGCAUUGAUUGGAACACAGUGGGUAUUGACAGCUGCCCAUUGCGUCACGAAUAUCGUUCGUUCUGGUGAUGCCAUCUACGUUCGUGUAGGAGACCAUGAUCUUACAAGCCGAUAUGGAAGCCCUGGGGCUCAAACGUUGCGUGUAGCCACUACGUACAUCCAUCACAAUCACAACAGUCAAACCUUGGAUAACGACAUCGCUUUACUGAAACUGCAAGGUCAGGCUGAACUCAAACCAGGUGUUUGCAUCAUUUGUUUGCCGUCACGAGGCUCCAUUCCAGAAACGGGCCGACGAUGCACCGUUACUGGUUAUGGAUACAUGGGUGAAACUGGACCGAUCCCAUUGCGAGUACGAGAAGCCGAAGUACCGAUUGUAAGUGAAGGCGAAUGCGUGCGACAAAUCAACGCUGUGACCGAGAAAAUCUUCAUCAUGCCAGCUUCCAGUUUCUGUGCCGGCGGUGAGGCUGGUAACGACGCCUGUCAGGGUGACGGCGGUGGUCCUCUGGUAUGCGAAGACGAAGGAUAUUAUGAAUUGAGCGGUUUGGUCAGCUGGGGUUUCGGCUGCGGUCGGGCUCAGGUACCCGGCGUCUACGUCAAAGUGUCGUCCUUCAUCAGCUGGAUCAAUCAGAUUAUUAGUGUCAACAAUGUGUAGCUGAAAGAUUCAGUUUGAUCACGAUUCCUUCCUUCCAUGAGACGAAAGGAAAAGCAAUAACGCACGUUCAUUUUCGCCCACACCGUCACUCUAGUUGUGUUUAUUCAUGUAAUCUUUUUAAAGAAGAAACAGAAUAUAAGAAAUGGAGUGAACACAACCAUCAUGAUACCCACGCCAUCAGAGGAUUGAUGUCGUCCCCUUUGAUCACCUAGUUAUUUUGUUUUUCUUCCGGGAAAUCACGCUCUUGCAUUGGUUAUGGGCUGUACCAUCUAUUUAUUACGCACAUAAUUAUUUUUGGUUGACGAGGACGUUUGACCGUUCCCUUUUUAUUUUACUUAUUUAUUUUUUUCGGAAAACGUGUGUGUUAAAUUUACAUGUGUAUUUAACAUAAUUUUCGAUGGCUGUAACCGCGGUGACGUUGUGUUUUGUUUAUCGGGAGGGAUUUCGAGAGAAAUAAUGUUUUAUUAGUAAAUUUGGAGAGUUUUUCAGCAGCAA